AUGUUCUUUUUUUUUUCAAUUCUAUUUCUUCUUGUCUUCUUUCAAUCAUUGGCCUAUUCUUUCUUCAUUCCAUCUCUACUCUCUUCAUACAUUUUCUUCAUUUCUCCUCUUAUUCAUUCAUCGCUUUUUAUCUAUCUAUCUAUCUAUCUAUCUAUCUAUCUAUCUAUCUAUCUAUUCCAGUCGCUUCACCUCCCUAUCUUUAUCUAUUUUUCUAUUAAGAUCUAUCUAUCUAUCUAUCUUUCUAUCUAUCCCAGUCGCUUCACCUCCAUCUAUCUAUCUAUCUAUCUAUCUAUUCCAGUCUGUCCAAACCUAUUUCUUAGUCUGUCCAGAUCUAUCUAUCUAUCUAUCUAUCUAUCUAUCUAUCUAUCUAUCUAUCUAUCUAUCUAUUCGAUUCUAUUUUUCUUACUUUCUUUCGUUCUAUCUAUCUAUGUAUCUAUCUACCCGAUUCUAUUUUUCUUUCUUUCUUUCUUUCGUUCUAUCUAUCUAUCUAUCUAUCCGAUUCUAUUUUUUCUUUCUAUCUAUCUAUCUAUCUAUCUAUCUAUCUAUCUAUCUAUCUAUCUAUCUAUCUAUCUAUCUAUCUAUCUAUCCCAGUCGCUUCACCUCCCUAUCUUUAUCUAUUUCAGUCUAUUAAGAUCUAUCUAUCUAUCUAUCUAUCUAUCUAUCUAUCUAUCUAUCUAUCUAUCUAUCCCCUGUCGCUUCACCUCCCUCUCUUUAUCUAUCUAUCUAUCUAUCUAUUUAUCUAUCUAUCUAUCUGCUGAUGUUUGGUCAUUUUGA